AUGCCUUCCAAUCCAGCCGUAGUCCAUAACUCUUCUGUUUUCCCCUCAAAAUUUCAGGCAUUGCUGUAUAGGCUGUCCGGUGAUUAUAAUCCAGUGGAUUCAGAUCCUGCCAUUGCUAAAGUCGCAGGAUUCCCACGUCCUAUAUUGCACGGACUGUGCAGUGUGCACUCUUGGAUUUGCAGUCCGUGCAGUCAUCAAAUGCAUCGGUAG